AUAGCCACACCACUCAUGGUUCAUGAGGUUGUUUUCUGCAUAGUCCCAUAAGAAGCAGCAUCUUACUAUGGCUUCAUGGACAAAAAGGAAGGUGAAGGGAGUGCUGUUGGACAUCAGUGGUGUUUUAUUUGAGAGUGGUGCUGGUGUCCCUAUUGACGGGUCUGUGGAGGCCGUACAGAGACUAAAGGCGGCUGGUUUAGCGGUGAGGUUUUGUACCAAUGAGACGACGAUGACGCGAGGAAUGUUGACAGAGAAGUUACACGUGCUGGGAUUCUCAAUGUCGGAGCAGGAAAUUUUCCCCCCGAUCCCCGCCAUCUGCAAAGUCUUACAGAAACGCAACCUCAGGCCACAUCUCCUCAUCAAUCCAAAGGUAGCCCCUGAUUUUGACGGUGUUGAUACCUCAGACCCUAACUGUGUCAUCCUUGGUGAUGCGACAACAGAAUUUAAUUACCACAAUCUCAACAAGGCGUUCCAGGCCUUAGUGGCAAUGAAGGAACCCGUUUUGUUCUCUCUGGGAAUGGGGAGAUUCUACAGAGAACAAGGGGAACUACUGUUGGAUGUGGGACCUUUUACCAAGGCUCUAGAGUUUGCAGCUGAUGUGAAAGCUGAAGUUGUAGGAAAACCUUCACAGACUUUCUUCACUUCCGUUUUAGAGGACAUGAAUGUUGAUGCUGACAACGUGGUGAUGGUGGGUGAUGAUAUUGUGAGUGACGUGGGCGGAGCUCAGUCCUGUGGCAUGCUGGGAAUCCAAGUCCGCACAGGCAAAUUCAGGCCUCAGGACGAGGAACAUCCGACCGUAAAACCUGACGCAUUUGCCGACAAUCUCUUGGCUGCAGUGGAUCUCAUUUUAGAAGCAUCCAAAUAGCCAACCAAUGAAAA